GCAGAGCUGCCCGGGAGCCACGGACCCGCCAGGGCCAACAGGUCCCAUCGCCAGGGCCUGGGGGGGCUUCUCGGCGUUGAAUCCCUCGCUGCUCCGGCAGAGGGUAAAAGCGUUUGCAGAACUGGAAGGGCACAUGGGCCCUCUCUGCCCGUCCAUCUGUCCGUCUUUGCCCAUCCCUCUGUUUCCCCAGACGAGGAAGGACUGCUCUGCACACCCAGACGAGAUCAGCCGGACGGCGUAGGGGAGAUCUCAGAGUUUGUGACUGGGAAGCAUGGAGUGCUGUGAGUGUCACUUCGGUUCUGGGAAUGGUUCUCCUGGUUCUUGCAGCAAAUGUGGGGCCCAGCUGGCUCCUGGAGCUGAGGACAAGAACUCAGGAAGAAGAGAGGUGAUGCUUGGUCUGGACUCAGAUACAGGAGCAGAGGCUGGGGGAGAUGUGAAGGGAGAAGGUGCUGAUGGGCCUCCUUCUUCCAUUGAAAUGAAGGAGGGAGGUUUGCUGAUGGAGAACAUAGGACCUCUGAUCAACCCCUUGGAGUCCACACCAGAGUGCACUGCUGUUGGGCCUCCUUCCUCUGUUGGAACACAGGAGGAGAAGGAGGGAACAUCACUGCUGGAGAGUGUAACAUCCCCAGGUGACAGCUUAGAGACUGCACCUGAGAGCAUGGCUGGGGAUUCUCCUGAGAAGUCACGGAAGAAGAAAAGGAAGAAGAAGAAGAAGAAAACAAAUAAUGGUUCUUCCAGCUCUCGAGAGCAGGAUUCUCUGCCUCUUCUAAGCACAGCACCAGCUCAAACCACAGAAUUGCCUGAUACACACGUUGUUCCACAAGAAAUGCAAUCCCCAGGCAAUGAAGUAGCCAAACCAGGUGCUGAUGUCCUUGUUGGUGACAGUGGAGGCACACGGGAAAGCAACAGUGCUGUGUGUCACUUGGGAAGGGAAGCUGGAGGUCUGGAAGUGGUUGCAGAAGGUGGUCCCAGCAGCGUGGAUGUGAUGGCCCCACCAAAGCAGAGCAGCAUGGAUGGUGGGGCUGCCCCAUUCCCAAGCUCUGCAGUGCUAAAGGAGAAGAUGGGGGGUGGAAGUACCACAGAGUGUGGAGAUGUGGAAGGGGGCAGUCAUGCCUCUGCUGCUGGCCAGCUUCCAGGAACCAGGCCAGAUUCCCAGUCCUCGGGUAGCACGAAGAAACUGGCAUCAACAGGAGAGGGAGUGAACAUUUCCUCUGGGUUGUCUCUUGCUACAGAAGCACCUACAAGUAAACCUGCAGCUCCUUGUGCUGGACAUUGGAGCCAAGACACAGAGACUCCCUCCUCCUGCCUGCAGGCUGGGAAGGACAAAGGACGCCCCAGCCAGCCACGGAGCUGCUCGGCUUCCCAGAAUGAAGACACAAAGGAGAAAAAGAAGAGCCCAGGUGAGAAAGUGCAUGAAAAAACUGAGAAGACAAGUCAGGCCAAAAGACCUGAGACUGCUCAAAAGGAUGAUGCUUCAGCUGUGACGGGCAGCUGCAAGGCCAAACAGCAACCAGGGAACCAGGGACCUGUGAAUAAGACUAAAGAAAGUUCUGUGAGCCAAAGUGAUGGUGUUAGAGUGUGUUUCCAUGCAAUAUUAUCCAAAGACUUCAAAAUAGACCCUGAGACCGAGAAAGUGUUCAUCAGGGCUGAGGGCAUUUCUCCCUAUGCAGACAUGAAGGACAACAUUUGUGAGCUGACCUGCACCAAGUGUCUAGGAGAACAUGGAUACCUCAUUGAAGGCACUGUAACUCUUGCAAAAAAAUAUGUGGAUAAAUACAUUUCUUACAAAUACUGGGUUGCCUCUGGCAAAGGGGACUAUGAAUUCAUUUACAAGCGUCCGGUAGCAAAGAAACAUGUGAAUCGCUGCUUAUAUAUAAGAGAAGAACUGCUCAACAAUGGAGAGUGGCACCAGUAUGAUGACAUCGUGUGUGCCAAGCCUUCUGCCUGGAAAAUAUUCUGGAAUACGUUUGUUGGCAAUAAAAACAAAGAUGUGGUGGAAGGGAAGAUAAUAGCUGCAAAUAUUAUGUUAGAAAAUAUCUUCAGCAUUCUUGGAACCUGGAGUCCUGACAACCUGAGGAACUUCUUCUUCCAGCUGAGGCAGUUCUAUGUGGUUACAAAAGAGCCACAGGUGUAUGAGGAGAAGCAAAUGCUGUGGACGGAGUUAGGCUUUGGGAUGCGUCAGGUGAAUGAUCUGCUGCUGCAAUACAUGAGGAAAAUAGGUCUUCUUUCAUCACAGGAGGACUUGGUAAUAAAAAGUAAACUUGCUCUGGGACUCACCAUUCUCACAGUAAUGAACUUUUGGAAUCUUGAUCCCUCCAAAAGUGAUCUGGCUCAGCUGUGCAGCCUCCUGUGCUUGGACAAGGUGCCGCAGCAAGCCCUGCUGGAUGACUUUCAUCAAAUCAAAAAGGCUUUUGCCACGCUUCCUGGUUUUCCUGAUUUAAAGAUUUACCUGACAUGCCUGUGCCAGAGAUGCAUUGAUGACCAAGUAGACCAGUGGGUGUGGAUCCUUCCUCUGCUGCAUCUCUGCGUGGCUCCGUGUCAGCGUCGCCACUUGCCCAUGGCAGAAGAAGUCUGGGCAGGGCUGGAAGGGCUUUCAUUUGCUGAAACCAGGAAGAGGCAAGAUACGAGAACCCUACUGCAGCUAAUGAAAGAAAAGAAAUACUUGAUGGAAUUCGAUACAACUCUGGUCAAGUCCUGGAUCUGUGUGCUGCCCCUGGAGAGCUUGGCUGAAUUUAUAAAGGACUUCUCCAGUGAUUUCUUAGUUGCUCUUCAAGGUGUUUCUUACAGACUAGAGAAUCUUGACCUUCCAUGGAGGACCUGCGAGGUAGUAGAGAAACUCGUCCAGACAGUGCUGAGUACCUUGGAUGAGGAACAGGCCAGAGCUCUGGACACUUGCUCUUGGCAGUCCUGCUUGACCUCUUGCCUCAAGCUGCACAAGAUGGUCUGCAAGAGUGUGAAGUUUGUAAAGUUCUACAUGCUUCCUGCCACUUCUGCCUUGAUGAUUUCAAAGGUUGCCAAACUUCAGCCCACAGCACAGGAUCCCAGAGGUGCUGUGCAGGAAGCGUUCAGAGACGCUCUGGGACACACUCGAACCUGGUUCAGAAAUGUUUUAAACAAGGAGUUACUGAAAGAAUCUCUGAAUCACGUUUAUUUCUCUUUUCCCAUGGAACUUCGGGCCUGGGAUGAAUUUGUGAGGAUCAGCUUUCCAGAUGAACAGUUCACCAAGGAGUGGAAGAAGGCUUUACUUGCAGAUCUGAAGAAAAGAAUUCAGGAGGAGCCUCCAGUUAACCAAAUCUUAGCCUACUGCUGUCAACACCCCUGGUUUGCAGAACUUGACUCUUCCAUUGACUGGUCUUUCUGUAAUUGUGCCAUAGAGGCUGUAACUGUAGCUUGCCAGACUGAGAGCAAUCUCCUGGAGAAGAUUCCUUCCCGCAGCAUAGGCCAGUUUAGCAAGCUUGUGUCAGCUAUUAUUGUGAAGUCCUGGCCAAUUGAGAGUGAAUGGUCCCAGGGGCAUUUUGAUGAGGCUUUGCACCACGUGCUGACGUGGCCUGACAUCAAACAUGUCUUCAGCUUCCAUGGAAAUAAUGAAGAGCUUGUAGAGAAACUUACAGAUGAAGCCAAGAAUAUAAUGGCCAUAGCAGACUCUGUGUUCAUGAAUGUCAGCCAUGACCUCUGUAAAGGCUGUAUCCUUGUGAAACAUCUGGAGGAGAUUUUCCAGCAUGAGAAGCAGUUCAUCUGUAUCUGGGAGAUAAACCACCAGCAGUUACCUGGAGACAAAGAACUGAAGGAAUUGCUGCAGAGGAGGCGGGAAGAAUUGACACAUCUCAAAGAAGAGAAAAAAGCAAUAGGAACCUUUCUGAGCAUGUGUAGGAAGGUGCAGGCAUCUGUGAAAGUGGAUGUACAUGAAGUGGAACAUGAACACUUGCAAGAUCUUAGCUCAGAAAGACUAAACACAUUUGUGACUGUGGAAAGGAGACCCCUGCAGACCUACUACAGCUUGAGUCCAGAGCUGAAGAAGUUUGCCCAGAAAAUGCACUCUCUUAAGGAUAGCCUGAUCUUCCAGAAGUUCUGGGAGGAAGCAGCACAGACUCUAGGAGAAAAGUGGGAAAGUGAUGGAGAGGAAUGGGAAAGUGCAGGAGAGGAGGAGGACAUUCCUACCUUGGACCUUGAUGGUGUUUUAAGCAGUCUCAUCACCCCGUGCUUUGCCAGCUAUGAAAGGCUGUAUGAUGAUCUCCGGUCUGGAAGUCUCACACUUUCUGCAGUUGAUACAAUCUUUCAGGAAUUCGUAAGCAAUCCUGAAGAUAUCAAAACUGAACUAAAUACCAUAUGUAAGCUUAGACCUGGAGAAGCCAGCGACUGGGUGGAUCAGCGAUUUCAGCAGAUCCAGCAGUACCAUGAAAUGCAUGUGACUUUGGAUGCUGCCAAGAUCAUUGCCCAUGUCAAAGACAAUUUAAACCUCUCUGGUGACUUCACUAUCCUGGAAAACUUGUUGGACAUAACUGAAAAGCUUGACUCAUACAAGACACAGACGCUGGAUUCCAUCGGCCCUGAGCUUGUGUCUGCCAAGAGUCUGCUGCAGGGGAUCACUGUGAACCGCCGGGGGUGUCUGAGGGAGCUGGCCCAGCAGAAGGAGUUUGUCUGCUGGGUCAGAGAAGCACUGAAAGAUAUAAAUGAGCUGAAGGUAUUUGUAGACUUGGCCUCCAUCUCUGCUGGGGAGAAUGACACGGAUGUGGACCGUGUGGCCUUUUUCCAUGACACUGUACAUGGCUACUCUUCCCUGCUGUAUGAGCUCAGGCAGGAGUCAGGGUUUAAGGACUUCAUGCACUGUCUGAAGAAGCUCUGGCGAGCCCUGGACAGUGAUGAGAAUCUUCCCAAGAAACUGCGUGCUUCAGCUCAGCACCUGGAGUGGCUGAAGACAGUGAAGGAGAGCCACGGCUCUGUGGAGCUGUCCUCUCUGUCGCUGGCAGCUGCCAUCAAUAGCAGAGGGAUCUAUGUUCUCCGUGCACCAGCCGAUGGCCAAAAGGUCUCUUUGGACAACGUCCUGUGCUUCACCCUCCCAGGGAGCUCUGGGGAUAAUCAGGCAUCAUGGAAAUACUCUCUGGCAGAGCUCCGUGAACUGCAGAACAAACUGAUGCUCAUGUCAGCAAAGGGAGAGCAAGGCUUGGAGGUGGAGAGAUUCUCUGAGAUAUUUUCCAAUGUCCAAAGACUUGCACAGGCCUUGAUAGACCUUUAUUCAGCUGGGAACAUGCUCUUCCGCUCCUGGCUUGCUCAAUUGUAUUGUUCACCCAAAAGGGAGUCGUGUGUUUUUAUGGACUUCUCUUUGGGACUGAUCCCUGUGCUAGAAGGGCAAGGAGAUGUGGCAGCUGUGCUCCCAAGCAUCUGCAAGACAAUGGAGAGUUUCCUGGGGAGCUGGAAAAGCUUCAUGAAUGAAAAACGGCUCCAGCAUUUCUACCUGAACUACUACAGUGCUGAGCAGCUGGUCUAUCUGUGCACAGAGCUGGGGCAGGAGGUGCCCAGCCAGAGGGCCCUGAUGAUGCUUUCCUUCCUAAAACACAACUGCACCCAGCAGGAUGUCCUUGGAGCCUCCAGGAGAGAGCUGCCUUCCAGUUCAAGGAGGGCUAUUUCUGACCUGCAAAUGCGGCUGGUUAGGGAGAAGGACCUGACUGCACAGCUGAGGUGCAUCUGGGAGUCCUACAUGGGCAACAUGGGCUCCUUCCUUCCAAACUGCCUGGAUAUUGAUACGCUGGGUGGGUGGCUGAGGAACCUGGCCAGCUGGGAGACAAAGCAUGUCACACGAGACUUUCCACAGGAUCUUCUGUCCGUUGGCCAGCCCAACCUCAUCACGUGCCCUCGCUCUGAGGUGCUCACUUCUGCUCUGGCUGUUUACAUGAACAGCCCCCACCAGCCCCUUCCCACUUUUGACGAAGUUCUGCUGUGCACCCCUCAGACCACUGCAGAGCAAGUGGGGCUCUUCCUCAGGAGGUGCCUCAUUCCCUGCAGCAGAGGACAGAAAAUUUACACCAUGCUGUAUGCAGAUGAGCUGAGCUACGAUGUCAGCUGCAGAGCAGAGGAGCUGUUCCAGCACCUGCAGCACUGCAACAGUGCCUACCGCCUCCUCAUCCUCUGCAGCAGCGAGAGGGAGCACAGCUACAUCCCUUCUGUCUUCAGCCAGUACAAGGUGCACAUGAUACCCCAGAGGUCACUAGCUGAAAUCCAGAGAUACCUUCAGCACCACUACAGAGUCGCUCAGCCUUCGAGAUCAGCUGCUUCUGUGUUCAAGGACAAUAUGUGUGUUGGGAUCGUGUCCUCCAAAAGAGCUGGCAUGGGGAAAUCUCUGUAUGUGAAAAGGCUACAUGAGAGACUGCAAGAAGAGCAGCCUGACUGUACAGAACUUCUGAAAACCAUCAGACUAAUUGAACCAGAAGUGGAUGAAGAUAAAGUGCUAAAAUCUCUUCUGCCUUUUUUGAAGAAAGAACAUCAGACAAAGCCCAUGAUAUUCCAUUUUGAUAUCACCUCUUCAGUACAAAGAGGAAUUCCAGAGUUUCUGUUCAAGCUGCUGGUUUUGCAGUACCUGACAGAUAAUAAUGGAAAUAUGUGGUUACGGCAGCAGAGCCAUUUGUACAUCAUUGAAAUCCUUGAGGUAUCACCAGUGUCAAAGAAAGCAGCAAGACAUAUGUCAGUGAGCCACAAGUUUAAUUUCUUUGAUGUGUUCCCUAAAGUAACAUGCAAGUCUCCCAAGGAAGUACUAGAAAUGGAGACACUUGGGAACCAGUCUGGGGAUGUUUCAGACCCAGGAAUGGACAAGGAGGAAUUCUGCAGUGAGGCCUUCCAGAGACCUUUCCAGUAUCUGAAGAGGUUUGACCAGGGGCAGGAUCUGGACAUGUUCUGUUAUGAAGCCCACUCGGUGGAGGGCAGCCCAGCAGAAUGCCUGCAGCAGCUCCUCCUGCACUGCGGGGUCACGGAGCCCUCCUGGGCAGAACUGCGAAACUUCACCUGGUUUCUCAACACUCAGUUGAGAGACUGUGAAGCUUCUGUCUUUUGCAACCCUGACUUUAUCCAGGACACUUUGCAAGGUUUCAAAACCUUUGUCGUUGCCUUCAUGAUUUUAAUGGCAAGGGAUUUUGCAACACCUUCCCUAAACAUUUCUGAUCAAAGUUCAGGAAGGAAGGCCUUCCACCUGGAGAACAUUGCAGAAGAAGAUCUUCUUCCUUUCCGCAUUCGGAAAAAGUGGGAGUCUGAGCCUCAUCCAUACUUGUUUUUCAAUGAAGAUCGUGUGUCUAUGACAUUCAUUGGAUUCCACUUCCAGCAUAAUGGCCAUCACGGUGUUGAUGCCAUUAAUCCUUUGGAUGGCAGCAUUAUCAAGAGAAAUGUCAUGACUACAAGGCUGUACAAGGGCCUGUUACUCCAAAGAGUUCCCUUCAAUGUUCCAUUUGACCAGUUGCCUCGUCACGAGAAGCUAGAGAAGCUUUGCAUGGUUUUGGGCAUCCCCUGGGUGAUUGACCCCGAUGAGACAUACGAGCUGACAACGGACAACAUGCUGAAAAUCCUGGCUAUUGAGAUGCGGUUCAGGUGCAACAUCCCAGUCGUGAUCAUGGGAGAAACAGGCUGUGGGAAAACCAGACUUAUCAAGUUUCUGUGCAAGUUACGCAGGAGCUAUUUAGAGGUAGAGAACAUGAGGCUUGUGAAAGUCCACGGAGGUACCACUGCAGAGAUGAUUUAUGCCAGGAUCAGAGAAGCAGAAGCCCUUGCUAAAAUCAACAAGGAGCAGCACGGGUUGGACACAGUCCUCUUUUUUGAUGAAGCCAACACCACAGAGGCUGUAAGCAGCAUCAAGGAAGUUCUGUGUGACCACACAGUAGAGGGGCAGCCUUUGGUCUCUGGCUCUGGCCUGAAGAUCAUAGCAGCCUGCAACCCUUACCGUAAGCACACACCAAAGAUGAUCCAGCGCCUGGAAUUAGCUGGGUUGGGCUACCGUGUCACGGCAGAGGAGACAAAGGACAAGCUUGGAUCUAUUCCCCUGAGACAGCUUGUGUACCGGGUCCAUGCUCUCCCACCCAGCAUGAUCCCUUUAGUGUGGGACUUUGGGCAGCUGAACAACUUAACUGAAAAAAUGUAUAUUCAGCAGAUUGUGCAGAGAGUUACAGAGCACGUCCCGAUGGCGUCGCUGGAGGCCGAGGUGAUCACAGAAGUGCUUUUUGCUUCCCAGCAGUACAUGAGGCGGAGGGAGGAUGAGUGCACCUUCGUCAGCCUGCGGGACGUGGAACGCUGCAUGGAAGUUUUCAAGUGGUUUCACAGGCACAGUGAGCUGCUCCUGAGAGAGCUGGAGAAGUACCUUGCUGAGAAGAAACCUUCAAAGAGCACCGAUGAGAGAAACGACAUCAUCUGGGCCUUAGUGCUGGCAGUCGGGGUCUGCUAUCAUGCAUCCUUGGAAAAGAAGGAGGAAUAUAGGAGUGCUAUCAGCAAGGUCCUUCCAAGACCCUACAGUAACCAGAAAAAGAUUUUGGAAGACAUCUCUCUGAUGCAGGACUUAUUCCUGAGUGGCGUGCAAGUCCGGGAUACCAUAGCAAGAAACUUGGCCUUAAAGGAAAAUGUCUUCAUGAUGGUCAUCUGCAUUGAGUUGAAAAUCCCUCUGUUCCUUGUUGGGAAGCCUGGGAGCUCCAAAUCCCUUGCAAAAACCAUUGUGGCUGAUGCUAUGCAGGGCCAAGCAGCCCAGUCAGAUUUGUUCAAGGACCUGAAGCAGAUCCAUCUGGUGUCUUUUCAGUGCAGCCCUCUCUCCACUCCAGAGGGCAUCAUAGGCACUUUCAAGCACUGUGCUCGAUUCCAGGAAGGGAAGAACUUAGAGGAAUACGUCUCAGUGGUGGUUUUGGAUGAGAUUGGGCUGGCAGAAGACUCUCCCAAAAUGCCCUUGAAGACUUUGCAUCCCCUUUUGGAAGAUGGCUGCAUAGAUGAUGUCCCUCUUCCUCACAAAAAGGUUGGCUUCAUUGGGAUUUCCAACUGGGCUUUGGACCCUGCUAAAAUGAAUCGAGGCAUCUUUGUCUCACGUGGUGACCCCAGCAAAAAAGAGCUUGUAGAAAGUGCGAAGGGGAUUUGUUGCUCAGCACGAGGGGCUCUGCAGAAGAUUGAACAGUAUUUUUCUCACUUUGCAGAUGCAUAUGAAAAGAUUUGCGAGGCCCAAGACAGGGAGUUUUUUGGUCUGCGUGACUACUACAGCCUCAUAAAGAUGUUUUUUGCCUUAGCUAAAAGCACCAAAAGUGAUCCCACGCCUCAAGACAUAGCAGAACUUGUUCUUCGUAACUUUGGUGGCAAAGAUGAUGUCAAUGCCUUGGAAAUAUUCACCUCACAGUUACCAGAAAAAGGAGAAAUUCGUGCUCAUGAUAUCAGUAGAAUUGAUCUGGUGCGACAGAACAUUCAGAGCAGUGGUGAGGCUGGUGACUGCAGGUACCUGCUCGUGUUGACUGAGAACUACGCAGCGCUGCAGAUCCUCCAGCAAGCUUUCUUUACUGCCCGACAUCAGCCAGAAAUUAUCUUUGGCUCCAGCUUCCCUAAGGACCAGGAGUAUACCCAGAUAUGCAGGAACAUCAACCGUGUGAAGGUCUGCAUGGAAACUGGCCAAAUGGUUGUGCUGCUCAACUUGCAAAACCUUUAUGAAAGCCUCUAUGAUGCCCUCAAUCAAUACUAUGUGUACCUGGCUGGCCAGAAGUAUGUUGAUCUGGGGCUGGGCACCCACCGGGUGAAGUGCCGGGUGCACCCCAGGUUUCGGCUGAUCGUCAUUGAGGAGAAGGACGUGGUGUACAAGCACUUCCCCAUCCCGCUGAUCAACAGGCUGGAAAAGCACUACCUGGAUAUCAGUACCGUCCUGGACAAGGGGCAAAGAGAAGCUGUGAAGGAGCUGCAGAAGUGGGUGCAUGAGUUCACUGCAGCCAGUGCAGAAGAGCACUUGAUAGGCAAGCAGAAGUACAGCCCUUCGGAUGUGUUUGUGGGCUACCACUCCACCACCUGCGCCUCGGUGGUCCUGCAGGUGACGGAAAAGCUGAAACAGGAGUGUCCUCCUGGUGAGCUCCUGUCCCGCGUGGUGAGGGAAGGCCAGCUGGCCCUGCUGAACUGUGCCACCCCAGACUCUGUCAUCCGGCGCUGCAGCUCAGUGGGGCUGCACGUGGCAGGUGCCCUGGCCAGGCAGUACUUCAGGCAGCAGCAGCACACCUCCUUCGCAGACUUCCUCCGAGCCCACGUCUGCACUGGGGCUGGCUGCCAGACCGUCUUCACAGAGGUCACCACCUUCUCCAGGCUCCUCACUAGCGCUGACGCUGCUUGUCUGGAGAGAGAAGUGCAGGGUAAAGCACAGAAGCCUCAAAUCCUGUUUCUACAGCAGUUUGACACAGAGUACUCAUUCCUGAAGGGCAUCCGAGAUUUCCUUGAUGCCACAUCAGGAAACAAAGUCCUUAUUAUCCAGACAGACUUUGAAGAUGGCUCUCAGAAUGCCCAGCUCAUUGCCUCAGCCAAAUACACUGUUGUUAAUGAGAUCAACAAGGUGGACCUGGGAGAAGUCUCUGUCUUUGUUUACUUUAUUAUGAAGCUUUCCCGGGUGGAAGGAGGAACAUCCUAUGUGGGAUUCCAUGGAGGACUGUGGCAGUCAGUGCACAUAGAUGAUCUCCGCAGAUCCAAAGACAUGAUCUCUGAUCUGACUGCCCUGCAGAACUUCACCAUCAGCCAGAUGUUCUGUGAGGGUUCAGGUAAAACCCAAGUUUCAGCUCUGCCUGUGAAUGAAGAAGAACAGGAGGAAAAUGAAAUGGAGGUAGAAACACCAAUGCCAGAAGCAGAGCACUAUGAGGGUGAAAUCCUGGACACCACUGUGCUCCUGAGGACCUGUGUGCAGGGUGCUGUGGGGAUGCUGCGGGACCAAAAUGAAGACCUUAGCCGAAGCAGAAAGAGAAUUAAGAUACUCCUUGGUCUUCUGUCCAAAGAGGAUGACUUGAAAGCCUCUUUCCUGAAGAUAACAAAGGCUCGUCUCUCCAACCUUUUGAAGAAGCAAGAGGAAAAUUCUCUUAACCCAAAAAAAUGGGUGCUUCGGGUAGCCUUCAACAGCAGUGCUCUCCAGGAGGCAGGCACCUUCAGGCACACCUUGUGGAAGCGAGUCCAGAGUGUGAUCACUCCGUUCCUGGCUCUCCUGAUUUCUGUCAUAGACAGAAAUGGGAACCUGGAGCUGUUGGCCAGGCCGGCAGCUGAGUGGGUGACAAACCUGUGGAUGUUCAUCUUCAGUGAUACAAAACUUCUGACUGUCCCUUACAGUGUGGGCAAGAACAGCUCUCAGCCAGAGAUCAUUCUGGUGCAGAACAACAUGAUGGUGUCUGCUGAUGCUGGGAAUGAAAUGCCCUUCAGCUGGAGGAUAAAGGAGUACUUGGAUGACAUGUGGUUGGAAGCUCAGUACAUCCAGAACAUUGAAGACCAAGCUGAGAAGUUUCUGGAUAUCUUCCAGAAAACUGCAUUGGGAAAAUUUAUCUCUGCUCUGACUGAGGAAGAAAGGCAGAUGCUCUUCCAGUGCUACAUCACAGACUUUAUAGCCUUGAGCAUUGGUGUGUCCUCACUAGAGCUGCAGUGUCUGCGAAGUGCAUUCUUAUCCUGCAUAGAGGAAUGGAAAGCAGCAUCUCCCAGAAGAGAGGAGAUGGUGCCAUCCUUGCCUUGGGUCCACCUUGGAUACAACCAGUUCAAGAGCCGCCUGCAGAACUUCUCCAGGAUCCUGGCUGUCCACCCCCAUGUGGUUCACCACCUUAUUAACCUGACAAGAGAUGGAAAAUCUCAUAAAGAGAUGGUUUUAGAUGUGCUAGCUGCAACAGCGUGUGCUGAGGAGCUGGAGAAUCAAGUGGAGGGAACUGACCCAGAGAUCUGGCUGCAGAAAGUGAAGAAUCUUCAAAUGCCUCUGGAAUUUCUUUGUAAGGAGAAGGAUCUUCAGAGGAGCAGGAGUUGGUGCCAUCAGCUGCUAAAAGAACUUGAAGUCUGCUGGAACCGGGUCUUGUCCAUGUCCCUGUUUGUCAAACAUGUGUUGCUUGAUGUCAAUACUCUGAUGCCAGGAUUUGACAGUGUGGUGAAAAAAUACACUUUACUACUUGGCAAGUGUUUUCAGCACGGCUCAGACAUGAAGACUCAUCCAACUUUUGUUGCAGUGAUGAAAGUUCUGUGCCAAUGUAAGGAGGAAUUCAGCAGCAGGCUCUACAGAUACGAUCUGAGGUCCUGUUCCAUCUGCCUGGGGGAGCCGAAGGAUCCAGUCUCCCUCCCUUGCUACCACGUGUUCUGUCACAAGUGCAUCCGAAUGUGGCUCGUGCCAGCACAGAUGCACUGUCCGUGCUGCAGAGUGGCCAUUGAGGAUGAGAAUUUAAGUGUCUCUGUGGAGCUCAGAGAUGCCAUAGCAAGAAACGCCAAGUUCCGGCAGUGCUGCAAUAACUUCUUCAUCGAUGUGGUCACUACCAUGUGCUUCAAGGACAAUGAGCCCCCUGAGGCAGAGGUGAUCAGAGAGCUCCUUGACCUGCUGUUUGUUCACAGAGUCCUCCUGAAAGGUUCAGACCACCCGGAGAUCUACACAAAAUUCCUGUCCCCAUUUGAUGAGGAAGUGGAUGAGACUCCCAUGAUCCGCUCGGUAAUGCUGAAGCUCCUCUUGAAGUACAGCUUCAAGGAAGUGAAGAACGACGUGCAGCGCUACCUCUCCCUGGUGGAGCACAGUGAGAUCCUAGAGAGAAAUGAUAAAAAGGAACUCUACUUGCUGUUUGUCAACUGCUUAGAGGAUUCCAUGUGUGAAAAGUCUGAGGGCAACCUUGGAUAUAAGCAUAUGAACUAUCUGCAUGGAGACAGAGGCUUUCCAGAGAACUACCUCCCAAAGAGCAAUGGAGAAGCUCCUCAGGAAUCAUCUGUUGAGUACCUGCAGGCAGUAGCCAAGGUUCGCUUGUACCUGAGCAAGGCUGCAGAGCUGCUCUAUGACCUACACAGGCCCACAGAGCAAAAGCAGGUGAAGGAGAAGCAGUAUUUCUUGGCCAAUGUGAGGUCUUUCUGUAGCCUUGCCAAGAACAACUGGCACCGUGUGUUCCUCAUCAGGAAGAUUGCUAGUCAGUACGGGAUGGAAUUUGCUCAGAAGCUUGUCAUGGACACACGGUUUAACUGGGUGUUCCCAGCAGAAAUUCUGCAACAGGUGCAGAACAGACAGACUAAUCACAUCGAUCGUUACCUGGCAUGUGGUGAGAGCUACAGAGUCCUGCGUGACGCUGUGGGGAAGGCCAUGAUGAAGUGCAAGACUGAGGGUCUUCUGGAGGCUGAGAAGGCAUCCAGCAGCUCCCAGGCUGUGCAAUCUGUCCAUCUGCUCCUGGCUAUUUUCAGGGAGGUCACUGCCCUGUAUGGAGUUAGUGACUCAAAUCUUCAUCCCAAGCAGCAGCAAACAGAUGCUAUGACUGAGUUCAUCAACAACUCCCAAGUCCUGAGUUCUCCAGACUUGCAGCACUUUGCAGCCUCUCUUGUGAGGAAUGCAGUGCCCUCACUGGAAGUGCAUCCUCAGAGCUUCAGCCAGGAUGGGGCUGUCAUUGAGGUGGCUGUUCACACUGCAGCUGUCCUGCUGUGUGGGCACAGCCCCCUCCUGCAGCCCUUGAGGAAUCUGGCAUUCCACCCACAGGACAUGCAGCACUCCUUUCUGCCUACAAUGCCAGAAGAUGUAUUGGCCCAGGCAAGGACCUGGGAAGGACUGAGCUCUCUGCACUGGUACAAGUGUCCAAAAGGCCACCCCUGCCUUGUGGGAGAGUGCGGGCGCCCCAUGGAGACCAGUCGCUGCGUGGACUGCGGGGCAGAGGUGGGAGGGCAGCAGCACCGCCCCGUGCCCGGCUUCCAGGCGCUCGGGGAUCAUGAAGACAGAACUCAAACUGGCCACAUCCUUGGAGAUGCAGAGCACAGAAGAUCAAUGGGAGUGUCUGAGCGGGCCAUGUCCCCCGUGGCCUUCAUUCUGAUCCGUGUGCUCACACAUCUCACAAUGUUGCUGGGAGCCAUAAAAGAUCCUCAGGCACUGCAAAGUAUUAUCAAGCCACCGGUGGACAACCCAGUGAGUUUCCUGCAGCAGCAUAUUCAGGAGGACUUGGCACAGCUGACCAGAGUUUUGGGGAAGAGUGUGGAUGACGCUAUCAAUAUUCUUCAUCUUGUCCUCAGCAGCCUUCUCAGGGACCCCCAUCAGCACCCAGACCAGUGGCCAGUUCAGUUUGAUAACGUGCUCUCCACCAAGGAGAAGAGAAACAAAUGGGAAGAAAUUGUUGCAAACACAAUUAUUGCUCCUGAAUUGAAGGAUUUGGAUAAAAAACUUCUGCAGUUAAACAGACGAAUACAAGAGGAUGAGAGAAUUUCUUCCAAUCCAAUAGUGAAAAUAGUGUAUGGGGACCCAGGUCCCUUCCUGUCCCAGCUGCCCAAGGACAGUCACAUCCAUCAUUCCAAGAUGUGGAGCUGCCGAAAGAGGAUUUCGGUGGAGAACCUGGGCCAUGUAGUCCAGCAAAAGAAUGCCAAGGACACUGUCCCUCUCCUUUGGAAGUUUCUGCAGAAGGAAACAGAACUGAGGCUGAUUAAAUUCUUACCAGAGAUUCUGGCUCUGCAGAGAGACCUGGUGAGGAGAUUUCAGAACACUGGUGAUGUCAAGCACUGCUCCAUCAGAGACUUCCUCAACGAACCCCUCUCAGAUGUGAUGAGGGACGUGUUCCAGAGGAGAGUGAAUGUGUUUCUGUCUGUUUGGAACAAGCUGAGAAGUUCACUGGACACCAAUGGGGAAAUUAAACUUCCUGAAGGCUACUGUGAUGCUGACCUGACCCUGGAUGACAGACUUGAGGUCCUUCUGCCACGUCGGCGAGGCCUGGGGCUCUGCUCCACAGCCUUGGCCAGUUACCUCAUUGGUCUGCACAACAACUUCAUCCACUCUGUGAACAAACACACCAAGGAAGAUGACAAGUACUUGGUCAGUGCCUCAGAAGUGGCUGAGCUGCACUUGAUCAGUUACGAGGUUGAGAGAGACCUGAUCCCUCUGAUCUCAUCCAACUGCCAGUACAGCAUGGAGAAGGGAGGGGAGACAUUGCAGGACUUUGAUCUGGAGAAGAUCCAGCAGCAAGUCAUCAGCAAGUUCCUGCAGGGGAAACCACUCAUCACCCUGAGGGGAAUACCUACCCUUGUGUACAGGCAUGAUCGGAAUUAUGAACAGCUGUUCAGUGAUGUCAGGAAUAAGCUGGAUCAGAGUGCUCUCCCCAGCUCUGUUAUGACCACGAUCAGUGGGGAGCUACAGUCCUACAGUGAUGUCUGUGAUGCUCUGUCUGUCACUGAAAUCACCCUGGGAUUCCUGGCCAUGGCUGGAGAGAAUCCUGAAAUGCCUCUGACUGACUACGUUGAAACAGUCCUACAGAUGGGGGAUCAGACAAACCCUCAUGUACUGCAGGUCCUGAGACGGUGCCACCUAAAGCACAGCAUUGCCCUCUGGAAUCUCCUCUCUACCUGCAAAUCUGAGCAGCUUCUGCGCCUCAAACAGGAUCCUUUUGUAGACAUCAGUACAGCCUACAAAGCUGAGCUCACUCAAGAGAUGGCCAAGCUCCUCAACAUCUUCCUUGUCCACUCAAGGCUGGAAACCUUCCUGCGGGAGCUCCAUGAAAUGAUCAUCUUGAAGCUGAGACAUGUCCAAGCUGUGGAUGUAUUCAAUCCCACAUACGGGCUGAGGGACUCGCUCCUUCCUCACCUCGAGGCAAAAGACUCUGCGCUGGCUCCAGAGCUGGAGGAGCUGUUCCCAGGGCAGAUCCUUCUCUCCCACGCCACAGCCACCUGGAAAGCAGCCGCUGGCUUCAAGAGAGAGCGCAGGGGCAGCUAGGAGCGCCGGCCCCGCCCUGCCCCGCCGGGGCUCGCUGUGCCCAGCGAGGGGCGGGCGGUUUUACUGAUUCUGGUGCAGAGGAGGAUGGAGAGACAGAGGCUGCCUGGAAGAACAGCCCCCCCCGGUACACAUGAAGGAAUUUUUCAAAGAGCCGUUUCCCCCGCUGGGGCAGCCGCGGGCCUUGGGGUGUUUUUUUGGGUUGGUGGUUUGUUUGUGUUUUUUGUUUGUUUUUAUGAUGGUGCAGCUCAGGUUCUUCCUCCCCCCUGCGAGGAGCCGUGUCGGCGUCACCCCCGCGUUAGGACCAAACCGGAUCCAAACCCCGGCCCCCCCCGCCCGGCGGACCCUGCUCCGCCGCUGCCUUAGCCCGGCUGGCCCCGGGCCCCGCGCUCCCCGCCGCCGCGGGGCCGCUUCCCAAUAAAGCUCGUUCUGGUUCGGC